UUACUGUCAGUCAUUCAGUCAAUGACUGAGGGAGCGUACGUAUGUCCAAACGGGCGGUCGCUGUCUCUCUCGCAUCCGGACGCUCUCUUCACCUGAAACAUACAGACGACGUGCGUUAGAAUCGACAAAUAUUGUGGAAGUGGAGGAAUUGUGAUUGGUGUUUAGAAAAUCAAAAUCACAGAUUGUUGUUUUUGUGCUUAUUUUUAUUUAUUGUUCAUGCAGUAGGGCGACAAGUGACGACUACCGACCGAAAUAUUGUGACUAGCGCGCUUUGUAGUCGAGUGAGUGAUUGACAAGUUGGUGCGGAAUGUGAGCUUAGCGAAUGGACAGUUCCUAAUGCAGUGGUGUUCCACGUGAGGCCAUACAAAGAGGGAGGACUACCACAACAUGCCUCGCAGGAAACAGGACUGUCCAAAACGUAUGAAAUGGGAAGGUGGUGAAGGAUCGCCUGAUGAUGGAAAAGUCGAUGGUGACGACGAUUCCGGCACCAUGACCCCAAAUUCGACAGCAUCUCCUGCCUUGGGUGGCGACGAAGCGUCGUCGCCACCAUCUGCAGCAAUGCUGUCCCCGAAAAGUCCACAUUCCAUCGUAGACGAGCCGUCGUUACAUAACCAUCAGAUGGAUAAAGAGCUCGCGAGUCCACGGUCCCACUCGAGAGAAUCGUCUGAAUCCGUGCAACCACCUCGCUGUCUGUCCGGAGAGUCGGCCUUUUCGGAUCGGAGCGACUUACACCGGAACAAUCCGCUCCCAGUAAGCACCCUCGCGUCGAUUGGAAUCGCACUGCCUCCGACGUUACCAGUGGCAGGCACCGCUUCGUUGUUUCCACCCCAAACGGCAGCCGUGGCCGCAUACUUCAACGCUGCGGCCGUCGCAGCCCAACAACAACAUCGGCUAAUGAUGACUUCUCCAUUACCUCCGCAUUACGGGAGAGUUCCCUCGUCUCCUAUAGUCACUUCUUCGUCACCUUCUGAGGAAACUCCCCUUCCUCCCAGUGUCUCGCCUUCGGAUAACGUUAGCGUGUUAGAUUUCAGUAAACGGUCGCAUUCGGUCGACGAUAAUAUCGAGACGGAUAGCGAAACGUCGUCACUUAAAGUUUCGGGCUCGGAAGUGACCCCGAAUAGUCCGUUAGAUUUGUCCGUGUCGAACAGGAAGCGCACUUUCGACAAUAACGACAUUCAACCCCCUCCCAGAAAGCAAAAGUCGGAAUAUAAGUCGCCCUUGCUGUCUCAAUGGCCUUCUCCCGUUGUAGCUUCUAAUUUGCCGUACUUUGCCGCUGCCGUGGCAGCUGCCAACAUUUCCCCGAAAGGAAAUAACGUCGUAGAAUCGUGGAACGGUAAACUAAAAUAUUCCCCGACCACGCAGAGCGAAGCUUCGAGAGCUUUGGAGAAAAUGAGCGAGCUUAGCAAGCUCGGCGGUGAAGAUCUCUUUCGAACUAUCACCAACUCUGUCCCUGUCGCUAACCCGACGAGCGGCAGGCAUAGUGCUUGGCAAUCGCACUGGUUAAAUAAAGGAGCCGAGCAGGCGAAGGACGUCUUAAAAUGCGUCUGGUGCAAACAAAGCUUUCCCAGUUUGGCCGCAAUGACGACCCACAUGAAAGAAGCAAAACACUGUGGAGUCAACGUACCCGUCCCGCAAGUACAAUCACAGAAUUUGCCUCCUCAACCUCCGAUAUCAUCGCCCGCCAUUACGAACAAUUCCAAUAGUUCUGUGUCUUCUUCCAAUUCCUCGAAACCUAACCAGUCCGAUCUCAAUCUCCUCAUUAAAGAAACGAUGCCUUUGCCCAGGAAACUGGUUCGUGGACAGGAUGUGUGGUUAGGGAAAGGCGCAGAGCAAACCAGGCAAAUAUUGAAGUGUAUGUGGUGCGGCCAAAGCUUUCGGUCACUAGCAGAAAUGACUAGUCACAUGCAACAAACCCAACACUACACGAACAUCAUAUCUCAGGAACAAAUAAUCUCGUGGAAAUCAUCCGACGACGCCAAGGGCGGUGGCGGAGGAGGCGGAAAUGGAUCUGGUCCCGGAAGUAACCCAGGGGCUGCCAACAGUCACGUCAGUGCGGUACUAACGUGUAAAGUUUGUGAUCAAGCGUUUAGUUCCUUGAAAGAGCUUAGUAAUCAUAUGGUUAAAAAUUCGCAUUACAAAGAGCACAUCAUGAGGUCUAUAACGGACGGAGGAAGACGCAGACAGACGCGAGAGAAACGCAAAAAGUCGCUUCCGGUACGGAAACUACUAGAACUCGAACGAGCGCAACACGAAUUUAAAAACGGCGACGCGAGCAAUAUGUUCGGUAAACCUGGUGCGGGUAGGAUUACAUGUGAAAAAUGCGGCGACAAAAUAGACACGUCACUUUUCGUCGAUCAUAUCCGCCAGUGUAUCGGAAGUAACGCAUCUUUGAGUAGUCAGCGUAAUUUUUUGAAAAACGCGCUAAUAUCAAACAGUAUAAUUCCUCCAGACGGUCCACAAAAUCCUGAAAAUGAAAAGAUUACCGCCAACGACGGUGGUACAUCACCUGCCAAACAAACGUCAUCGACUGCCACCGAUCUCACCACCAACAAAGAAUCGACCGAGUCUGAAACUCCUAACGGUUCAUCACCUUCGGUACUGAACGCCAUCGAAAAACUUAUAGAGAAAAGUUUCGAUUCUCGCGUUCGACAGAAUGCCGGGUUUGCUUGCCACGGACCCACCGCUGCCCCAAUGGGUUCGAGUAUUUUGAAACGCUUAGGAAUCGACGAAAGCGUCGACUAUACCAAGCCCUUGGUAGACGCGCAAACCAUGAACCUAUUACGUUCCUACCAUCAACAAACCCAACAACAUUUCGCGAGACGAGAAAGAAGCGGCAGUGAAUCGAGUUCGGUGUCAGAACGUGGAAGCAGUCGAACCGAUACUUUAACUCCAGAAAGAAAAAUUGAUGUGGCCAGUUUGCCUUUAGUUACGUCGACACCUAGAUCUGUACAUGAAAUUCGAGAAAAGUCGCCCGCUUCCGACAAAACCAACAGCCAUCGUCACGAGACUGACAACAAAGGAGACUUGCAAAUAAAAAGAGAGAUUGUAGAACCAUCUGAUAACGAGACCACAGGCGAUGGUGGUGGUGGCAUGGUCAAAGUAAAGCAAGAACGAGAUGAAGAUCACGAAGAAUGUCACAAUUAUCAGGAAAACAACGAAAGGUUACAAUCUUCGAAUACAGAUGAAGAUAAAGCCGGUAGCAAAGCACCUGAAAGUACCCCCACGAGCAGUCCGCGUGCAACACAGUCCAAUAGUCCAUGUCGAAACAGUACCGGAAGUCCAGCCAACAGUGAUCGCUCUGUCACGCCUAAAAGUACAAAUAGCGAUAAGAAAGCGAGUGGCAGUUUAGGCGCGUUGAGUUCCAUGUUCGACAACUUGUCCGGUGCCAACAAUAACAACAACACCUCCGGUGAUUCGCAGCCGAGUUCGUCGAAACGUGGCAGCAAUCAUCCUCUGGCCGCGCUCCAGAAACUUUGUGAUAAGACUGAAACUCACCAUACGACCCGUAACAGUUCAACUCCGGUCAUACCGCCGGGGGCUAAUCCUACGGUCGCGGGCCAGUGUAACGCCCAAAACGCGGCCAAUACUCCAGGUGCAAUUUUGGCCUUUAGUUGGGCCUGUAACGAGGCCGUCAUGACCUCCGAUUCGAUCAUGAAAUGCGCGUUCUGUGAUACUCCGUUUAUUUCCAAGGGAGCCUACCGACACCACUUGUCCAAAAUGCACUUCGUCAAAGACGGUGUCAUACCGGAUCCGGUCGCCCUGAAAGGAACCGCUCAGACUACGAGUUCGACAUCGGCGACGCAAGGUCCGGGCGUUAAGGGAGGUGUGGGUAGUGUUGGGGGUAACGGUGGUGGUGGCGGCGCGACGUCUAAUCUUCACUCUGGCAUAGUCUCGUCUGCCAGCAAGAGUCCUCCCGUUGCACCUGGGAGUUUUGAAGAGAGUCCCCAUUCGAAAUUUUUGAAAUAUACCGAACUCGCGAAACAAUUGUCCAGUAAAUACGUGUAAUUAGUAGCAUUCCUUAUACUUAAAAAAGAAAAAAUGUUCGCCACGCGAACUUCCUGAGUUGUGAUGAUAUCAUAUCUUACCACUUGAAAAAUUUUUAAUAAAGUGUGUAUUAUAAAUAAAUUAAAUGAAGAAAAGAGCGUCGUUUAAGUGAUAAAUUAUAAGUAUUAUUAUAAAUCAUGAAUUUUGAACAAAUGUUUAAGAAGAGUCGUGAAAUUCUUUGUAUAAUAACUAAACUAUUCUCUAAGUCAUUAUUUAGGUCGUACUGUCAAUUCGAACGGAUCGCUUUUGUGUUUUUGGAUGUUUCCUUUUUAUUUGUAUUUACAUCAGGUUUUCGUCCCGGUGAAGAUUACAUACCGGGUGUGUGGAAAAUAUACGCCAUUCAAUCGGGAAGGGAAUUUCUAUCAGGAAAGUAUAAAAUGUUCGUCGAAACGGAAAAUGACACGGAGCUUUUCGAUUUGGAUUUUCGUUUUCUUUCGAAUGGUUCGAGAUUCAAGCCGAUGUUAUUUCCGGACACCCGGUGUAAAUCCGUUUUUCAAUUUUGCAUCUCCUUCAAUUUUGCAUGUGUAUAGAUAUUGUACUUUAAAGAUGAUUAUACCAAACGUACACGUAAGGCAUUUAGAAUGUAAAUGUAGUUCUGAGCAAUUAUUACGACGAUUAUUGACGAUUAUUAUAAUGGUGAUGAAAAAUCGUUAUCAUCAUUAUUAAUAAUAUAAUGAUUAUUACUAUUGAUUAUUAUUAUUAUCAUCAUCAUUAUUAUUACUAUUGUAGUUGAUUUACCAAUAUCCGUUGAGGAGGAACACGUACAAGUAACACUUUACAAAAAUUAAUAUUUGUAUACGUACAUUGCAAUCUGACUCUUCCAAUCUGAUUUUAAGUAAAUAUUUAUUGGUGAUAUCUGUAAUGUAUAAUAAUAUUAUACGAAAUGAUGUAUACGCGUAGCUGAUCUAUGAAGAAACCCUUGACCUUAUUUGUCAAUCUUUUAUUUUUUGAUUUGUUGUAUUUAACUGCAAUCAAAAGCUCAAAUAAAUA